UGAAUGCGACCAUCACUCACCAAAUGUCAUGCACGCUCGUUGAUGCCGACGCAGUGGUCCUGGCAAAUCGCUGGAACGCCAUGGGUCUGCCCGCGACGCGAUCUCGAUCUUGGUUCUCAGCCCUAUGUUCGCUUCCACCGCUUGUCCUCAACGGCUGUCUAUGACGAUCGGCGGACGUGGUGCUGAACUUAUCGAUAAACCCAUCGCGCUGGGAGCUCUAGCGGGGCAGGUGCGACCUCAGUAAAUACAAAAUUUCCCACCCCUUCACUCGCCACAACAACGCACGACUUCUCGCCUGCCUCAACGAACCGUCACAAACCCAAAUACUGUUCCGCGACACAGUGUCCUGCGACACCUCCACGCCCGCCAGAAUGGCGCCCGAGACCAUCGAGCCCACGGCGCCGCCCCUCCGCGCGCCCUCUCCCGCACCGACCGACCGCCCCCUCCACACGCUCCCUUCGCCCUUCACAGCCUCCAACCUCGAAGUCCUCACCCAAGGUGCCGAAGCCCUCGUCUACAAGUCUACCUUCCUCACGCCACAGACGCCCUGCGUCGUCAAAUACCGCCCUCCGAAACCCUACCGCCACCCAGUACUCGACCGACGACUCACAAAAGCGCGGCUGCUCGCCGAGGCGCGCGUGCUGGUGCGGUGUAAGCGGGAUGGGGUGGAUGUGCCGGGGGUGCUGGGCGCGGAUUGGGAGGCGGGGUGGUUGGUGUUGGAGUGGGUUGAGGGGAGGACGGUGAGGGCGGUGUUGGAUGGGUGGGCGGAGCGGGGGGCGCAGGAGGAGGAGGGAGUGUUGGGGUUGAUGGGGAGGGUGGGGAGGGCCGUGGGGAGGCUGCAUGGGAUCGGGGUUGUGCAUGGGGACUUGACGACGAGUAAUCUAAUGGUGAGGCAGGAUGAGCGGAGGGAGGAAGGUGUGAAGCAGACGAAUGAGCUGGAGGGCGACAUCGUGCUGAUUGAUUUCGGCCUGGCCUCGCAUUCUACGCAAAAUCUGCAGGAUGAGGAUCGCGCGGUGGACUUGUAUGUGCUUGAAAGGGCAUUUGCGGCGACGCAUCCGAAGGCGGAGCCAUUAUUCCAGGAGGUGUUGAAUGCGUAUGGGGAGAGCUUCAAGGGGGCGAGGGCGGUGCUGAAGAGGUUGGAGGAUGUGCGGUUGAGGGGAAGAAAAAGGAGUAUGUUGGGUUGA